AGCCAGGUAAAGCUCCGGGGGCACCUGAGCCAGGUAAAGCUCCGGGGCACCUGAGCCAGGUAAAGCCGCUGCCCCGCGCUCCGGGGGCACCUGAGCCAGGUAAAGCUGCUGCCCCGUGCUCCGGGUAUACCUGAGCCAGGUAAAGCUCCGGGGCACCUGAGCCAGCUCUGCCAACCUGUCAGUCCAGCCAUGCAAGAAGAGAGGGAGAGAGACAGAGCAAAAGAAAUGAGGGAGUGAAGCAGAGAUUCUUUCAGAGCUCAGCAGGACAUUAAGAUUUCCAAUGAACCAAGAAAACAACUCGUGGGCCCUUGUGUGAGCUGAGGCAGAGAUGAGGAAGAUGGGCGACCAGAGCGGCUGCUACAGGCCCGUCAAUAUCCAGGGAAACACGGCCGGUUACGGGGAGAGCCCGGGCAAGGAGGUGCAAAGGCUGCAGAGGAGGUUUCUGCACAAGGACGGCAGCUGCAACGUCUACUUCAAGCACAUCUUCGGCGAGUGGGAGAGCUACGUGGCGGACAUCUUCACCACGCUGGUGGACAUCAAGUGGCGCCACAUGUUUGUGAUCUUCUCGCUGUCCUACGUGCUGUCGUGGCUGCUGUUCGGCCUGGCGUUCUGGCUGAUCGCCGUGCAGCACGGCGACGUGUUGGGCGGCCAGGAGCUGACCCCCUGCGUGGCCAACGUGCACAGCUUCACGGGAGCCUUCCUGUUCUCGCUGGAGACGCAGACCACCAUCGGCUACGGCUCCCGCUGCGUCACCGAGGAGUGCUCGCUGGCCAUCCUCGCCGUCAUCCUGCAGUCGGUGCUCAGCUGCGUCAUCGACACCUUCAUCAUCGGCGCGGCCUUGGCCAAGAUGGCCACGGCCAGGAAGAGGGCCCAGACCAUCCGCUUCAGCUACCACGCCGUGGUGGGGCUGAGGGACGGCAAGUUCUGCCUGAUGUGGCGCAUCGGCGACUUCCGGCCCAACCACAUGGUGGAGGGCUCGGUGCGCGCGCAGCUGCUGCGCUACCGCCGCGACGGGGAGGGCAGGACGGCCAUGGAGUACCGCGACCUCAAGCUGCUCAACGACCACAUCAUCCUGGUCACGCCCGUCACCGUGGUGCACGAGAUCGACGGCGACAGCCCCUUGUACGGCCUGGACCGCAGAGCUCUGGCCAAGGACAGCUUCGAGAUCCUGGUGACGUUCGUCUACACGGGCGACUCCACCGGCACGUCCCACCAGUCGCGGAGCUCCUACGUGCCCGGGGAGAUCCUGUGGGGCCACAGGUUCAACGACGUGCUGCACGUCAAGAAGAAGCACUACAAGGUGGACUGCCUGCAGUUUGAGGAGACCACGGAGGUGUACGCGCCGCACUGCAGCGCCAUGCAGCUGGACAGCAAGGAGCAGGACUGGAGCCGCGCCGGGCAGCGCCGGGAGCCCCAGGAGAAGGCAGCCCUGGAAAUCAAGCCCAGCCAAAAGUCCUUCAGCGCUGUUGCCCUGGUCACCAGUCGUGAGGAUGCUGAGGAGCCGGUGAGAGCUGCCAGCCAGGCUCCCGAAGAGGUGUCCUACAGGAGGGCAGCUGUGACCUUGAGCAGGAUCUCCAUAGAGUCCCAGAUCUGACUUUUCCUGCCGCUGAAACCCCUCCCAGCAAAUUCUCCCCUCGCAGCUCCUCGAAUACAAACAAUGAACCCGUGUGCAGCACUGUUUAUGUCCCAGACCUUGCUGACAGCGUGCCCACCCUGUCACACACUGUCACACACUGUCACACACUGUCACACACAUCACACAAUGUCACACAAUGUCACACCCUGCUGUGGGCACAAGGCUGCAGCUUCCACCUGGGAUGCCCCAAGAGCCCCUGCCCUUGAGCAAACCCUGUGUGACCUUCCUUCCCCUGCAGGGACCAGGGCUGGCAGUGCCCAGGGACGCAGAAUGACCUCGGCUGGGCACACAAACCGUGCCCUGUGCCCUCUGGGGAGGGGUUCAAAGCUGCCCCACUGGUUUGGAAAGCCCAUUCCCAGUCCCUCCCAGUCCCAACAAAUGGUUCCUCAUCCCAGAGCUCCUCUGGGGAAUCCAUGGAGCUGUUCUUCAUAAGACAAAGGAAUAACUGACCCUGGGUGGCUUUGGACACCUGUUCACAGCCUGCCCAGCAUCCUGUGGGAUCCACAGUGGGAUCCUGCAGAGCUUCCAUCCCCUAAUCAUGAGCCAUUCCCUGAGGUGCCACUCCCUCAGCAGCUGGAGGGAUGCAGGAGGUUAAAAAUAAAAAAAAAAAAAAAAAAAUCAAAACAACACCUCCGGUUUUAAAUCAGCAAAAUCAGGUUGAGCCUUGAGGAGAUCAUGUCUGGUGUGAGCUGUGCAAUAUUUUAUAUCAAAUCCUCUUUCAUUUCAUUUCGCUUUUCUUUUUAGCGCCUUGCGCUUCCUUGCAAAGACAAAGAUCAAUCUGGAGAACAAACAGGGUGAUUUUAUCAAAAUGAAAAAUGCCUGUCUCAGAUGGCUGCGUAAAAACGAUCCUUCACAGAGAAAUCCAACAAAAAAAGGAAAAAAAAGGGAAACAUUGACGCUCUGAAGGUGUCUGUGACGCGGCAGCUCCGAGCUCUGCACGUCUCUGUAAUUAUUCUGUGAGCAAUGCCUCAUCGUGCUUUUUGCCCCUGAUGAUUGCAGUUCAUUUGCACUGUGUUUAAUUAUCCUGCAAACACAAAAUAAUCCUCUGGGAGUCUGGGGGGGUUGAUCUCACCCGGCCUUAGCAGCGAAUAAAUUCAGUGUUUGCCUGCUCUCUGUGACUUCUGGAGCUCCUCUGUCCCCACAGGGAGCUCACCCCACCUUCCUCAGGAUUUUAGGGAGCUGAGUUGAUCCUGGAAAUGUUCAUCCCUCUCCUUUUAUUGCUGAAGAGGAUGAAACGACUGCUGUGGAAAUGCUGGCUAACUUUAGGCUGCUAAAAUUAGGUCUGACGAGUCAUUCACAUCAUUCUGACUAAUUAAUUGGGUUUUUAUGAGCUCAUCACGUUUAAUGAAGAAAAAAAUAGCCUGCUGAGUGUUGGUUUUUUUUUUUUUUCUUCCCUGCAAUUUACUCCAUAUAGUAGUAGUAGUAGGAUUGCUGGAUUAUUUUAAUGUAUUUCUCUUUUGCUAGCACUUGUCUCUGGAUACUCAUGAUCCCUUUAGAUAAAACUGAAGCCUGGAGGGUGUUACUUAUUCCAAAACUCAUUAAUUAGAUUGUUUUAUGUGCUGAUUCAUCAGGAGCAACCACUUAUAAGUGCAGUAAAAACCAUCUUCUUGUAUCCUGGAUUUAAACACUGGCAGACAUGGGGGAAAGAGUCUAGAAAAAAAAAUGGAAAGGAAUGUAGGAAAAUGUAGGAAAAUGUGGAAGGGUCUCAAUAUUUCUGUGGUGUUGGAAAAAAAACCCCAUUGGGAUUGAAUAAAAUAGAAUAUCACCUUCCAGACAUGGGAAUUAACCCUUCCACUUCUUCCUUCAGGAAGAAACUCCUCUCCUGGGCAGGUUAAUUCAUAAAAAGCUACUUUAUAUUUUAUUCUGUUUUGAUCUGCAGCUUCUGACCCCAGCCUGUCCUGGAGACAGGAUGCUGGGGAACCACUGCUCUCAACCAGCCUGUUUUUUUUUUGUUUAUUUUCUGUUUGCUACUUUAAUUUCAUUUAUCCCAGUACAAGCACUAUGUAUAAUAAUGGUGAAUAGCAAAGCAUGCAGUCCUUCUGUAAUUUUUUUUAUGAAUAAAGGCAUCAGAAUAAAGAACA